UUUGGAAAAUAGAAGAGGAGGAGGAGGAGGAGAAAGCAAGCCCAGCCCAAGCACCCGCGAAACAGUUUCCUGUUGCCAUCCUCCAAGAUACUUAGAUUCCUUCAGACCCUUGAGAGAGACUGAAGUUUUCUCAGCUGCCCUGUCCUUGAGGUUUCAAAGAAAGAUGCGGGCCUGGAUUUUCUUCUUCCUCUGCCUGGCAGGCAAGGCGCUGGCAGCUCCACAGGAUGCUCUUCCAGAAGAGAUGGAAGUUAUAGAGGACCCUGCAACACAGGAACCAGUUGGAAUCAACCCAGUCCAGGUGGAGGUUGGCGAGUUUGAAGAGACCACUGUGGAUGUUGAGGAGUUUGUGGCUGAAAACCCCUGCCAAAACCAUCACUGCAAACAUGGCAAAGUCUGUGAAGUAGAUGAAAGCAACACUCCAAUGUGUGUAUGCCAAGAUCCUUCCACCUGCCCAACCAGCACUGCAGUGUUUGAGAAGGUAUGUGGUACUGACAACAAGACCUAUGACACCUCCUGCCACUUCUUUGCCACCAAAUGUACCUUGGAAGGCACCAAGAAAGGACACAAGCUUCACCUGGAUUACAUUGGACCUUGCAAACUCAUCCCUGACUGCCUUGAUAUUGAGCUGGCUGAAUUCCCUCUGCGUAUGCGCGACUGGCUGAAGAAUGUGCUGGUUACCCUGUAUGAGCGGGAUGAGGAUAACAACCUGCUGAAUGAGAAGCAGAAACUCAAGGUGAAGAAGAUCCACGAGAAUGAGAAGCGCCUGGAAGCUGGAGAUCACCCAGUAGAACUCCUUGUCCGUGACUUUGAGAAAAACUACAACAUGUACAUCUUCCCUGUGCACUGGCAAUUUGGACAGCUAGACCAACAUCCUGUUGAUGGAUACCUGUCCCACACUGAAUUGGCCCCACUCAGAGCUCCCUUGAUCCCGAUGGAGCACUGCACCACUCGCUUCUUUGAGGCAUGUGAUCUAGACAACGACAAAUACAUUGCUCUGGAAGAAUGGGCCAACUGCUUUGGCAUUAAGGAAAAGGACAUUGACAAGGAUCUUGUCAUCUAAAUUUAGCAGCUUCUUCGUCUGUUAUGCACAAGUUGUGUUCUUCCGUUUUAACAAUUUGAAGAGUGUUUUUCUUUAUUUUAUCGGGGACAAGGUGCUAAUAUAGGUCUAAACAUAUACAUUAACGGUGCUAAAAAAAGAAGACAGAAAGUUGAUAGUAGCUUAAUCUAUACCACUAGAUCACUUUGCUCACACACUCAUUGUGCAUUUCUAUUGACCUUUUAAUUUGAUGAUACCAGUACAGUAAUUAAACACAAAUCUGUUCCAACUUUCUACUCCUUGGACUAUUUAAAUUGACUCUAGCUGAUAGACUCAAGACUAUUAAUCCCCUAAUUUCAAAGAAAGGCAAGAAAGGAAGAUAAACCAAAAAAUGUGUGGAGAGACUGGGCUUUACAAAGUCAAGUGUUGCAAAUGUUUUAUGAAAGUUUAAGAAACUUCGAUUUUAUAUGAUAGUGCAGUGGGAAUGGCAGGGGAGAAGAUGGGACUGGACUGAAAAUUCAGAAAGGCGAAUGGGACAGUUCUUGAAUGUAAUGGUAAUUGGGCACAAACUCAAAAUGACAUAAGCAGAAAACAACGGAAGUGUUGGAAAGUUUCAGAUCUUGUAACCCUCUCAUCCUCCCACCCUUUAAAAAUAAAAAGUUAAAAAUGCUUCUGCUUCACAGCUACUCAGUGACUGUACUGCUUUUUGCUGUGUUUCUAUGUCUUAAAAGUUAAAUUUGGUGCUUUAUCAAAAA